AUGUGCAUAGCUCUCCUUUCGACUGCUCAUCCGGGCUAUCCACUGAUUCUCCUCAAUAACCGAGAUGAAUACCUUCGUCGUCCAACUGCAGACCCAGAAUGGUGGGCAGAGCCGAACUCCCACGUCCUAGGUUCUCGUGAUCUUGCUAGAGACGUUCAGGGAACCUGGUUGGGCAUAACGAAGCAUGGAAGAAUAGCUGUCCUCACCAACUAUCGAGAAAAUAGUCCUGGUGCCGUGGUUGGUCUCCGGAGUAGAGGCUCAAUCAUUAAUUCGUUCCUUACAUUACCACCAGACAGCAAACUCACUACCAACCGCUUCGUCGAAGAGCUCGUUGCAGGCGGUGACGGCCAGGCUGCAGGUGGCUUCAGCCUUGCAUGCGGCGAUAUACUAGGACCGCUAGCAAUUGUAUCCAACCGAGCAUCAGCAACCGACCAUGUUCCCUGGAUUGCAACUGAAAAGGGCCAAACAGUCGGCCUCAGCAACACGGCAUUUGGAGAUCGGUCAUGGCCAAAGAUCACGCAGGGGGAAAGACUAUUGAAAGAAGCACUGAAGAAAAGUCAGGCAACCGGGGAGAGCGAAGAUGCUUUAAUCAAGCGUUUACUGGGGGUACUCAGCGUUGACACGCUUCCGAGACUCGACGGGCACGCAAGUCUGGAGAAUUAUCUCCCUUACUUGAGCGAGAGUAUUUUCAUACCGCCUGUCGGAGACCCGAACGAAGGGGUGGAGGCGGUAGUUUCACACGAAGCAGAAGCUCAUACAUUAUACAUGAAGGGCCUAUACGGGACACAGAAACAGACCGUCAUUCUAGUCGAUGCGUCUGGCCGAGUGAAAUAUUUCGAACGUACACUUUUCGGGCACGAUGCAAAGGCGAUCCCUAUCGGGGAGGGGGAUAGAGAGUAUGAGUUUGUGGUUGAAAGGUAG